UCAGAGCAGUUGAGGAGAAAGCGCAACGUCUUCGGCUGGCCUGUGUUCUCCAGCCGAGUCUUACUUUCGUGUCGGUGUCUGUCUGGGUACGACGCGGGGUGUGUGUUCGCUGUAUUGGUGGUCGAGAAGCCGCGUCCAGAGCCCCGGGUGAGACGAUAUAAUAAUGUCUGAGCCGUCUCCCCGGUCGACUCAAACUCUAGCCAGCGUUCAAUUAGUGUAGCCGUGAUGGAAAUUACAUUACCCAGGUGACUUGUAGCGAUAUGUGCGUGACAUCUAGGCGAUAACUCUCUUGAACCUGCUACCCUUAUCAGCCAUCAUGUCAUCGUAUAUAGUGCUGUACAGCGCUAUAGUGUCGCUGGCCAUGGAAGCCAUGUGUCUCGAAUUUCGUUUUCCCGAGGACCCGGGUCGCAAUCAUCUGGAACACGUGAAUACGGCGGCGGCCAGGACUCAAGGUGCCGUUCUAGUCGAGGUUCUAGCGCACAAGUCGCGGCUUAAUGUCACCGCCGAUGAUCCCCGCGGAUUUCAGCAGAACCUUAUGGACAUGCUUGGCAAAAUGAUCCCACAGAGCUGCUGGUAUAAUGGAGCGAAAUUCGAUUGUGGCCUAAGCAUAUCAUGUGUCUUAGAAGGAGGUAAGCCUCUGGACCUAUGUAGUGGUGGACUUAUAUGGAGCUGCUGUGUUUCAAGGGACAAUGUUCACUCUUCUUCUGAUCCUAAUAUAGGCGCACUCGAAAACGCUACACUUCAGUUUCUGGUGAGUCACAACCGUCCCGGCUAUCAUCAACCUCAAAGCUCUGAGUCACAGAACCAUCAUCAGUUUGUGACAUUCAACUCUAACAGCAACGCAGUCGAUGUGGUGAAGCGCCCUCAUCGCUGGCACAGACCACAGUGGCGACCACCAAAUUUUCACGUCCAAGUCAGACCACCAUUUGCAAUCACUGUUGACUCCCAUCUGCAACAGAGUGUGCCAACGUCUACAACUUCCCAUUCCGGAUAUAAGGGUUGUGGAGAAUUAUACACUAGAAGCCAUAGAAUAGUCGGUGGUCACAGUUCCAAUUAUGGAACACAUCCAUGGCAGGCUGCAAUAAUCAAAUCAGGUUUCUUAUCGAAAAAGCUGUCGUGUGGAGGAGCAUUACUGAACAAUAGAUGGGUGGUAACUGCAGCGCAUUGUGUAGCAACGACAUCUAAUACAAAUCUGAAAGUUCGCCUAGGCGAGUGGGAUGUGCGGGACCAGAGUGAAAAGUAUCUUCAUGAGGAAUUCAACGUCGAAAGAAAAGAGGUUCAUCCUCAGUACAGUCCCACCGAUUUCAGGAACGAUUUAGCUCUGAUAAAACUGGAUAAGGCAGUAACUUUUAAGCAGCAUAUAAUUCCAGUUUGUUUGCCCGACUCAUCGGUGAAAUUAGUUGGUAAAACGGCUACAGUUGCAGGUUGGGGUAGAACAAGGCAUGGAGUAUCGACAGUGCCAACAGUAUUACAAGAGGUCGAUGUGGAAGUGAUACCAAACGAUAGAUGCCAGACUUGGUUCAGAGCGGCUGGACGAAGGGAGAAAAUACACGACGUUUUCCUUUGUGCUGGAUUCAAGGAAGGUGGCAGAGACAGUUGUCAAGGAGACUCAGGAGGACCAUUGACAACAACUCUUGACGGUAAAAAAGUACUGAUUGGCCUUGUGUCAUGGGGUAUAGGAUGUGGAAGAGAGCACUUACCAGGUGUCUAUACGAACAUACAAAAGUUUGUUCCAUGGAUUGACAAAGUCAUGAUUUGAAUGCAAACGUUUCAUGAUUGCUAAAAAAUCUCAGUCAUAGCUCAGGUAUACCAAAUUGCCUUUGUUGCCAAAGUUCCGUCCAUAAUGGACGAAAAAUGAUCAGUGAUUGAUUAUUGAUGAACUUAUACAACGCAGAAAUUACUAGGUUCUUGCUGCUUGGGCAUACACAUCACGUCACGUCAAGAGAGUGUGAAACUUAGUUGCGUUCACUGUAACAUUUUGUACGAUUGUUUGUUUUUUGUAUUCAACUAAAGGUGAAAUCCUUUGUUCAUUUGCUGUUUGAAUGAUCGCAACUUCAGAAAUGCAUAUAUUUUAUUUAUAAACUGAUUUUGCAAACACAA